CUGUUGUCAGUCAGUGCUGUCAAAAUCAUAUUUUUAUUUAUAUAAAAAUUGAUAAUUGUGGUUCACGCGGACAAAAUAUCGUGUAUAAAGUGAAAAAAAUUAAUUAAACAAACACAAGACAGGAAUAUAGAGCACUAUCUAUUUGGAACAAUUCAUUCGUUUUAUCGAUUUCCAGCUAUCAUAAAAUUCAAAAGACAUGGCAUAUGUUCCAAUUCUACAGGAAGAUUUUGAAAGAGGUGGCAAGAUGGAUGAUGAUGAUGAUAACGAGUACAAUUUAGAAGAUGAUUUUGCAUACAGAAAUAAUGUUGCAAAUGCUCCUAAGGCUAUACGUCUUGGGUUCAUGAGAAAAGUGUAUGGUUUACUGACUAUGCAAUUGCUCUUGACAACAAUUGUGGCUGCGGCCUGCAUGUACACAAUUCCAUUGAAAACUUUCGUUCAAACAAAUGUUUGGAUGGUGUCCCUCAGUAUGAUAUUAUCUUUUGUACUUCUGAUAGCCCUACACAUCAAAAGAAAAGACACUCCUGCUAACUUAAUCCUUUUGGCUGGAUUUACAAUUGUUGAAGCUUAUACUAUUGGAAUGAUCGUUUCUUUUUAUGACAAAGAAGUUGUUAUUCAAGCACUGUUCUUAACAUUGGCGGUUGUUGGAGGCUUAACAUUAUUCAGUUUCCAAACAAAGAGAGAUUAUUCGAGUGCUUAUUCAGUGCUCUUUGCUGGACUUUGUGUUUUGUUUAUUGGUGGAAUUCUGCAAUUGUUCCUUCAGUCGAAUGGAUUAGAAAUGAUAAUUGCAAUUGGAGGUGCUUUCUUAUUUUCAAUGUUCAUAGUUGUGGAUACUCAUUUGAUGAUGCACCAUAUCUCACCUGAAGAAUAUAUACUUGCAACUAUAAAUCUGUACUUGGAUAUAAUCAAUUUGUUUCUUCACAUCCUACGCAUUUUGCAAGCUUCAAAAAAUUAGGUAGAUAAAAAAGUCCAAGUGACCUAGAAGUAUUGUUUUAAUUUUUAAACAAGAAUGCUUUCCUCUUCAAUCAAGAUUUUUUAAUAAUGUAUUGAUAAAUUCCUUGUUCUAUUUAAUAAUAUACAUGUGACUAAAUGUGAUUUGCACCAGAGUUUACUUAUGCAGAUGUUGAAAAUAUAUUUUUGUUUCCAA